AUGGCACUUUAUAUCAACGGAGCCCGGGACUUGAAGCGGAUUGAGGCUGUCGAGGGGCCGCCUCUAUACCAGCAAUUCAGUGAGACUCUUGCUGGUUUUGUUAGUAUUCAGACAUACUCGCGAACAUCCGACUUCAUCGCACAGAAUCUUAAGCUUGUGGACCGGUUGAAUCAGCCAGCCUGUCUUGAAGGAUAUCAGUUUCCAUAUUCGUCCUGGCGAGCGUAUCGCAGUCGUGGGCGGAUGGGAGCAGGCAAAAGCUCUCUUUUACUGGCGUUGAUUCAGGUUUUGGAAGCAGACAGUGGGUGUAUUGAGAUUAACGAGAUCGACAUCGCCGCUGUCAGUCUUGAGCAACUCCGGCAAGCCAUCACCAUCGUACCCCAGAACCCGAAGCUAUUCGACGGCACAUUGCGUGAUAAUUUAGAUCCACUGCAUCGUGCCACCAACGAAGAGAUCAUCACCGCCCUGAAUACGGUUCAUCUCUUUGACAACCUACGAAUAUCUGAGCCUGUGAGAGGGAUAGAUCUACUGCAGCAUUCAACCAAUGCACUGUCUCAGGGUCCACGCCAGCUGCUGUGUAUUGCCCGCGCUCUAUUGCGGCGGUCACGUAUUCUCAUACUCGAUGAAGCAAGUGCUUCCAUUGAUUAUGCAACGGACGCGGCAAUCCAAGCAGGAUUACGGGCCAGUAUCUCCAAGGGAACAUCCGUGCUGACAGUUGCCCACCGAUUACGAACCAUUGCAGACUACGACUAA